CGAAGAGUCGACAGUUGCUGCACUACCAGUUUUCGCAUCCAUUUCGCAACCAAGGCUACAUACAGUGAAGACAGAUCCGUCGGAUAGUGAACAUCACAAUUGGAAGUGCUUCCCGAUGAGUCUCUAGUUGCUAUUUAGUAAGUUAGGAACGUUUUCCUCACAAUAAUCAUCAUGUUGAAGUGGUCAGUGCCAUUCGUGCUUUUGGUGUCCAAUGUGAUUUUGAUCCAUUCGUCGAAAUCGUCCAAGUGUUCAAAGACGGAGUUAGCUCAGUUCUCGAAUGAAUAUGAGCAAUGCCAUGGACGGGCUCUUCAAAAACUCAAGACUGGCACGACCAUGUUGGCUAAAAGAUUCACCAAUCCAGAUGAGAUGGCAUCUGAGAAGCACAAGAUGAUCUGCAAUGCCCUUCAGUCAUUAAUCGAGGAUUGCACCGUGAUCCUUGGUUGGUGCUACACAUCCUCAGAGGUUGAAGUCACGAAAGAGAAGCAAAAGGUCCUGUUACAACAUGCACUUCUGAAAAUGUUCCCAGAUUUUGAAGUCCAAGAGUGCCUUAAUUAUGAAACUCCUACUGCCGAGUUGCCCAUGCCCAAGUCACCUGAACCAGUGGCUGUCCAGAAGGCGUCUCAAGAACCAAGGACAAGUGGAACUAGUCAAAUUCUACCAAUUACAUUCGUCACCAUUAUUGGCUUGACUGCCUCUUCUGUCAUUCUGAAUGCCUGAAUAAAAGGAAUGUCAAAAACAAACCUUGGGCUGAAUUGCGACGCGUGAAAUGGAAAUUGGAAUGUGUAAAGAGAAGUACUUCAUUUUGAGACCAAAAAGGAAUGUAAGGGGUUUGUAUUAAAAACCCCAUUAAACCAAACUAGUGAAUAAGUUUAGGGAAAAUCUUUGUUAAGCAACAUUGAUAAAUCUCCUUUUCUCAAGAUCUUGACAAGUCUUUAGAAUAAAUCGAAAAUGUUACUUGUUCAUCAUAUUUUCAUUAGCAUGCCCAUAAAUACCCUUAACGAAAACUCGGCAGCCUCACUUGUUUAUGUUAAAUAAGAAUGUAAAGCCGGUCCUCAAAUUUGCGGAAAAAAUCAAUUAUUUGAUCAGCAACCUCGCCAAGGCUUGUCCAAGUUAACAUUAAUAUAUGAAUCAUGGUAAUCUCAAUAGCAACCUGCAUGAUUGAAAAAUUGAAAAUUCCUGCUCGUCAUCCAGAAUGCUUAAAGAUCUUGAAAAAAUAGAAUACAUACGUAAAUUUUUGCCAGGAUCACUCGCUCAUUCGAAUCCCCAAACUCGUACUCGUUCAUCAAAUCCAUUAAAUUUGAAAAUGAAAAUAUCCUUCAAACAAGUACCCAUCACUCCAGGUUUAAUCAAGCUCAAUGAUGAUGCGGCAGAUCAUUCCCCUGUCCGUGAUCCUUUUGGCCUUUGUGCCCGCUCAAGUGCGUUUCGUUAAAGCCAUGGCAGACACGCCCGAAGGCUGUCCAGUGUGUGAAUGUCCAGAGCCAACCCUGCAAGACAGUAUGCCCAUGGGUCGCAGUUUAGAGGGCGAAGAUAACGCCCCUGAGCUUUGGGAAGAAGAGAACACGGAUUAUCAUAUUCUAAGAGUGCCCAAAGACAUGAUGUUCGGAUGGCCUUAUGAGGGCGGG